CUUAGGUACUCUUCUAGCCAGUAAAGAAUCUGGGUGCCUGCUAUCAUUUUCUCUUUAAUUUGCAAUCAGGUUUUAGCUCUCAAAUCCUUUCUCUUUCUCAAAGUGCCUUCUGGGGCAAAGCAUGGAUUUCGUCCUAUAUAUUGCUUAGUGCUACCAUCUCUGCUGCUAAGCCUUGCAUAUCGCCCACUCCGCAAUCAUCGGCGGCGUUACGUAUACAUUUCUGAUUGAUCCCAACAGUCAAGGCCCCCAGGGUCUUUACCAUGGCCUCUGAUUAUUGACGCUUAUUGUCUGUUCAUGCAUCGGGCGUUUUCCAGCCGCCUAUGAAGUUACACCAUUGCUUGCUUCAAAGCUAUCAGUGAGCAUUCACAUGCUGCGCCCUUGAAUUGAAUCGGGGCGCCUCUACAACUUAUUCCUUUUAAAUACGGCUAUUUCAGGCUCAAAUUCGCCUUCAUGGUCUUGCGAAAACAACCUCCACCUCGUCUUGAUUAUUCUAGCAAAUGGCAUGGUCGUAUUGAACCUCGUUCUCAGACCUCACCGACCGCUAAAUCCGCGUCAUCCGCCUCCCCCAAACGCCUGACCCGUCCUAGGCGAGCUCAAAGCUCACCACAGCCUCGUCGCAUCCCAUCAGUGGAAUCGAUAUUUUCCCCAGAUCUAAAUACAUCGCCAGCGUUUGACCUAAUGCCUUUAGAACAGGCGCAGAGGUCCCCGGUGGCGACCUCUUCCAGCGAGCCCUCGAAUCCGUGGGCGGAUGAAUUGGUGGAAAUACCAGACCAAGGGCACCAAGGAUAUUCCGGACCAAGGUCACCGCAAACCCAUUACGGCUCCCAUGGAGAACAUACGGAUGGAAAGAUGGAAAACCGGGUACCUCCCAUUCUUGUGGCUGGGACGCAGCGCAGGAUGGCCUCGAAUGACUGGCAAUCGAGCCCAGGCGUCGACGAUAGUUCUGAAUGGGAACACUUAGGAUCGUCGCCGGUCCAGCUGCAAUCUAAUAAUCCGUUCCUUAAAUCUAGACAGCCUGAACAAAACCCAUGGGGAAACAGUCAGCUCCAACCUCCACACGGAGCCUAUGGUUCGAGAGCAGCUUCUCUGACCCGGGAGGAUGCAAGCGAUCGCACAAGCCAGAAUGAGGGCUAUAUUCCUAUGACAGCUCGCCUGUCUCUUCUCGACGAACCAACGCCGGAGUCUCCAUGGGCUGAUGAACGCCCCAGGUCCGCCAUGCAGCCUCCUGAAGUACCCAUUGAUCAACAAUUUGUCCAUGGCCAAGAAUCUCGGACGUCUCAAAAUCCAAAUUCCGGUCAAAUUCCAAUGAAGGUAUAUUUGGCCGAUGGUCAGGUUUAUGACGGAAAUCCCGGCGCUUCUGCUGCUCCUUUUCAAGCGCCGCAAUCCACUUUUCAUGAUAGCCAAUAUGACUAUCCGCCACAAUAUGACCAGAACCACCUUGGCCAUGAAAGAUUGAGCCCAGGGGAAGGAAUUCACACGCCUUCUGCCACUACUUCCAGCGCCACCACCCAGUCAUCACAUGAACUCAUAGAUUUUGAUGACACCCCUAAACAAGGGGCGCCGAAUGACACAAGCAGAGCUGCAUCGUCUGUAUAUGAUACCGACGUGAAUAUGCAGGCUGGACCCCAGGGACAAUUACAAAAUGCACCAUUAGACACUGCUGCACCGACUGCUGCACCGACUGCUGCACCGCCCGUCCCUCAGCGUACUAAUGUUCCGGGCCCCAGUACGGAGCAGCGUUCGUCACAGCCAACACCCAGUGUCCAGAAUUCUGAGGUCGACGCCAAUCGAAUUAAUGAUGAGAGGUCUGAAACAUACUCGAUCCGCCACAUAAACUGGACUGAUGCCACCGGGAAAUUACGUGAGUCUCCAGUACUGGUUCAAAGUAAAAACGGACCGUGCCCUUUGCUAGCAUUAGUCAACGCACUUGUGCUGCGUGCGAGUCAGGACAGCCAGCCCCCUAUUGUCAAGGCUUUGCAAACCAGAGAACAGAUAUCUCUGGGGCUUCUGAUCGAGGCAAUGUUUGAUGAACUGAUCACAUGCCUGGGCCCUGAUGAUGACUUCCCGGAUAUUGAAGCUCUCAGUAAAUUUUUGACAAUGCUGCAUACGGGCAUGAAUGUGAAUCCACGACUCACACUGGAAUCUGAAAAUGCCGUUGGCUCUUUUUACCAGACGAGUGAUAUCCGCCUUUACGGUACCUUUGGCGUGUCGCUGGUGCAUGGCUGGGUUGCGCCUCCCUUGACCGAACCUCAUGCUGCACUGGUGCGGGUGGCUCAAUAUCACGAAGAUGUUCAGAUGCUGCAUUUCCGCAAGGAGGAGCUCGAGGACCGGGUUUUCCGAGGGGGGUCGCUCACGCCAGAAGAGGAGCAAGUCAUGGACGAUAUUCAUACCGUCCAACGAUUUGUCGACAUCGAGAAUCCCACGCAACUGAGCACAUUCGGGCUAGAUCAUCUUACAAAAACAUUGGCUCCAGGAUCCGUAUCGAUUCUAUUCCGCAAUGACCAUUUCUCUACCCUUUACAAACACCCGCAAUCGCAUAAACUCUAUACACUGGUUACAGAUGCCGGCUAUUCCAGUCAUGCUGAGGUUGUUUGGGAGUGCCUUGUCGAUGUGAACGGUACUGACGCUGAAUUCUCUGCGGGCGACUUCCGCCCUGUAAGCCAUACUCCGCCUGGAGCUUCCGGCCCAGCUGGUCCACGAGGAUCAAGCAAUCGCCAGGUUCACGAUGCUGCCUCAAGUGAGCAGAAUACAACCUUGACACCACAAGAACAGGCCGAUGCGGAUUAUGCCUAUGCCCUUUCCCUCCAAUUCCAGGAAGAAGAAAGAGAAAACAACGGGAAUAACCGAACUAGGAAUCGACCUGCUUCUACGCCCCACUUGCCCUCAGGCCAGCCCCAGGCACUGCGCGGCGAUCAUAAUCGAUCCUCGAGUGUAAUGAACAGUGGUGGUCGAUUCGAGGGACGACGUUCGUCCGGACCUGAUGAAGGUCCUCCACCCUCAUAUGAACAGGCAUCUACGAGUCCGGUGUAUCACACGCCCCAAAGAACCCCCGCGGACUUAUCUCGAGAAAAUCGCCAUUCAAGGAACGUUUACGGACGGCGACCGCUACCCUCUGCUGUGACAGCAGGACUCCCGGAGCGGCCCAAAGACCGGAACAAAGACUGUGUGGUCAUGUAAGGCUUACGUCUUUAGCAUUCUCCGGGGCGCGGCUUGCUAAAUAUUCAUUAUUGAAACAAUCGGUGGCUUUCUUUUUAGUUUUCAGCUUUUUCUUUUCUUCGCAACUAUGUUUCUUGUUUCCUUUGCUUUGGCGGAUUUUUUGAUGACUGGAUGACACGAUGCUAUGUACUUUAUAUAGAUACCAACAGGAAAGACUAUUAAUGAUAUGUUGUCUCAACUAGCUGUCCACUCAAACCUCAAAUUAGAGACUAAUCAAUUGAUCAGACAGGAUUCAC